UUCUAUAUCACUCAUCAACUAUCACUGUAUCAUGUAGAAAUCUAGAUCUAGAAUUAGAAUUCUAGAUCUAUCACUUGGAGUCUCUAGUCACUAAACUAAACCGAUAGAUAUUAUAAUUUAUAGAUAAUUAUAUAAAUAUAGAUCUAAUACUAGAUCUAGUUACUAGAGAUCUAAUAAUAACUACUAUAGAGAUCUAGAUCUAGUCAUCCACUCAUUCAUAGUGAUACACAUUCAUAUUGAUAGACGGUUAAUUUAAUUAUUUUAAUGAGUUGAUAGACCUUAUACUUGACUGAUAGCUGCAGUGAUAGCAGGAUAGAGAGUUCGAUAGAGACUAGAGUUUUAAAAUAAGUGAAUGAAGUCUCACAUACUACAAGAUGUUGAAAGGAAACAAACUAGUUUAUUCAUUAACUUCAGUUAUAGUUCCAUCUCUUCUCUUGGCAUUGUGGCUGUUCCAGUUGUACAGAUGCAGAGGAAUCCUAAGACUGAGAAACUCAUAUUUGUUGGAAACCCUACCUGAAACCUCAGAGUGGAUAUGGGAUGUCCUCAGUGGCUAUCAAAAUAUAGUGGAACAACAAACUAUAAAUAACUCAAGCUAUGACGCUACUGCUUUAGCACAGCAUGAUUACCAUAAUUCCGCUUUACUACCUGGAAUACCAUCCUUAACUGUUCACUACUUAUGGUGUGUAGACAGCCAUUUUGAAAUCAGCCACUAUAUAUCUGUAUUAAGUGUAAUACAUCAGUUAAGGCCUGAUAAAAUUGUCAUUCAUUAUCGCAUGAAGCCACGAUCCGACCCACAAGGCUAUUGGAGAUGGCUGGAAGAUCUCCAAAGAAAUGUAGCAAUGUUAAGUCUAAGACCUCUUAAAAAUUCAAGGCACUGUAGCCAUGAUCUCUCUGCAGGAGUUAUCAAAGAUGAUUUUGAUUUUGUAGACCCUUACGGAGUGUUCAUUCUAGGUGACAUAGCAGUAACUAACUUAACCCGUUUAGAUGUUAUUGAGAUAGUAACCUUAUCUUUUCAAGAGACUACAACUUCUCAUAUCAACGGCAAACCAUCAUUAAGUGAAGAACAACUAAGCAUGAGCCAGGUGUUUCUUGUAGCGGAUACAGACCCUUACCAUGUGAGCCAGGGGCCUGGUAGAAGAGUCAUCACUUGUCCCGCAACUACUCACAUCAAUUCAUAUAAAGCAAGUAGCGUCCACUGUUUAAGUAUGAAUUCAUUUAUAAAUCCGGAGUUUUUAUUUAAACAGGACACAGUGUUUCAUCGUUUCUCAAGAUUAAUGAUGUAUGGAUCUCCUAGCCCAAUAAACAUUCAGACUAGCAACACAGCACAAAUACCCAAUAUAGUACAUAUUAUUUUAAUGAAUGGAAAAGGUGAUAUCUCACCUCUAUUAUACGCUAGUAUUAAAAGUGCUUAUGUUGUAGGAAAAGCAGAUCUAGUGUUAGUGCACGGAUCUGUACCGCCAAGUGGUGACUUAUGGGAAAAACUUCAUUCGCAUGAUGAGCUAAACGUUCAUUACAUUCCAGCCUCUUUUGAGCAGUAUAGUUCUAAACAUGCAGCAAUGAUUUAUGGUCUGUAUGCACUACUUCAGUAUGGUGGCAUUAUGCAUUUUGGUGAUGUUAUUUUUAUUAGUCCCAUUCCUGCUCAUGUUAGACAGUACCCUGCAAUUGCAACUCUGCAUUACAGCCAGUAUAGGCUGCGUCAUCGGUCAACCAACACAGCCAUUCUGGCCGCUGCCAAAGGCUCUGACUUUGUUGAAUCUAUGUUAGGAAUGUUAAAACAUGGAGAAGGCACCUGGCCAGAUCUAAGAGCAGAUGAUGUAGCCACUCAUGUUGGGGAGAUGAAACCACAGUCUCUUCUGCUUGAUUCUAAAUUAACAGCUCAUCAGAACUGUGAAGGUCAGGUGUGUCUAGUAGCUGGCGGUCAUGAACAUCCCAAGCAUUCAUACACAACUCGGUUAAUAUGGAAGGGAGUUCAGCCAGAUACAUUAACAAAACUAAAAAGUGUUCAGGGACCUACCAGAGGUGAACUGAACAGUAUUAUUGACAAUCCUCAUAUAAUGCCAGUAAAAAAUUAUGUCAGCAGAAAAAGACUUGUACAUAAAGAUGGAAGUUAGUAAAAACUGUACAAGUUUUAUUUUUAAUCUGGAUUUUUGUAGUGCUGCUUUUUAUCCAAGUUUAAGUAAAGAAUAUGAAAAUUUUUAAUGAAAAUGUGUUGAUACAUUAGAAUUGGUUGAACACUGCGAUCCUUGAGUGUACAUAUUUUGUUAUGUAACUAUUGUGAACAGUGUCUAACUGCACUUUAUCAUUUUGUUUGUUAAAUUCAUUGUAUUCACAUUUUAUUUAUCUGUGAUAAACGGAUUUUUUUAAAUAACUGAGAAAGUCACUCAGUGCAUUAUCAGGAAGUAGUAAAAGCCUGAUGAUAAAAUCUACUGGGGGAAAGAACAUUAUUUGAUUCAUCUUUAAUAAAUUUAUACCCACAUUGAUUGAAGAGUGAUUUUGUUUGCUUCUUAAUCAAUGCUUGUUUAUUUUUACAGUUGUAGGAAUAAAAUUAAACUAAUCAAAAUUUAAUAUUACAGAGCUUAGAGUGUUUAUUUUGAUAUAUUUUUUGUGUGUAACUGACUUGUAAUUUUAAUGUUACUCCAGCAUUUACAGUUAAUUCAGUGUUAUAUAUACAUUUAUCAAUGCUUAUAAAAUUAUAUUAAGUUAAGACAUACAGUUGGUUGUUUUUUAUACAUGUCACUAUGAUACAAUGAUGAGAGAUACAAAAAAAUAAAACAGAAAAACAUUCCUUUUUUUUUAAUUAAACAUA